AUGUCAAUUCCCACUCUGCAAAACGACGUCGUAAACGGAAUGGCGGAUUAUUCGGGCCGGCCCGCGAAACGGUCCCACUCGGGCUUCUGGCGCUCUGCUUCCUACAUCAUGGGGGCGGGGGCGGCGGAGAGGUUUGCAUAUUUCGGGGUGGGUACGAAUCUGAUAUCGUAUCUUACCGGGGAGCUGGGGCAGUCCACGGCGGCGGCGGCGGCCAGCAUUAAUUUGUGGGCCGGCGCCGGUUUACUGCUCCCACUUUUGGGGGCUUUGGCGGCGGAGUCGUUUCUGGGCCGCUAUCCCACCGUCGUGUUUUCUUCACUUCUCUAUAUAUUGGCACUUGGGUUGUUGACAACAUCAGCUUUUGUUGAUGAACAAGGGUCACCUAGUGAGCUUGACGUUGGGUUCUUUUUUGUGUCACUGUACCUAAUCGCCCUCGGACAAGGGGCGUACAAGCCUUGCAUCACGGCAUUUGGAGCUGAUCAAUUUGAUGAACAAGAUCCUCUUGAGCUGAGAAGUCGAAGCUCCUUCUUCAAUUGGUGGUAUUUUGGUCUUAGUGCAGGUCCACUAGUACCACUAUUGGCCUUAAACUAUGUUCAAGAUAACAUUAGUUGGGUGAUUGGAUUUGGAAUCCCCUGCGUUUCUCAAGUGAUCGCACUUGUAGUUUUCCUUCUGGGGAGGAAGUCCUAUCGGUACAACAUCAAGAGAAACGAGAAAAGUGCAUUGAAUUGGGGAGUUGUGUCUCCUACCAUUGAUGCUUAUAGCGACGAAGAAGAUCAAGUGCUCGAAUCGAUCCCUCAUCUUAAGUCUCUUAACAAGCCUUUGUUAGUAUCCGGAAAAAUGGAAGAGGCGAAAGAGAUGCUAACCUUAAUUCCGUUAUGGGCGGCAUCAUUGCCAUUUGCCAUUGCCAUAUCUCAAUCCGCCACUCUAUUCACCAAGCAAGGCAUCACGAUGGACCGGUCUAUUACUCCAAGCGUUGACCUACCGGCCGCCUCACUUCAAUACAUAAUCGGCCUCACCAUCAUCAUUCUCAUCCCCCUCUACGAUCGGGUUUUGGUACCACUUGCUAGAACCCUGACCGGAUCUCCCUCUGGAUUGACAGAGCUUGAGAGAAUCGGGAUAGGUAUGCUUCUAUGCACUCUUUCCUUAGUCGUUGCAGCUCUAGUCGAGCAAAAGCGGCUUCAAACUGCCAUACACCACGGGCUAGCCGAUAUACCCGGUGCUAGGGUUCCCAUGAGCUUCUGCUGGCUAAUACCACAAUACAUAUUGUAUGGCUUCAUGGAAGUGUUUUCCUACAUAGGAUUGCAAGAGCUAUUCUAUGAUCGUGUGCCUUGUAGCUUGAAAUCGGUUGGUCUCUCAAUAUUUCUAAGUAUACUGGGGAUGGGGCAGAUCUUGAGUAGCUUGCUUAUAUGCUUGAUUGAGGAGAUUACUAGUAAAAAUGGUGGAAAUGGAUGGUUCUCGGAUAAUACGAAUCGAGCUCACUUAGAUUACUUUUAUUGGUUGCUUGCUAGCCUUAAUGCAAUAGGUUUUGUAGCUUUCUUGUAUUUUGCAAAGUCUUUCAAAAAUAGAUCUGAGCUUCUUGUUAUCAUUGUAAAUUAG